AUGAUUACUGUGAAUCAUCUAUUACAAAUAGAUGAAUCAAAUGGACUCCGUAAAGUGGAAGCAAAAGUUUCUUACUUUUGUAUGACCAAAAAGUCAAUUGUUUGGAGAUCACGAAAAACUGCUCCAAAAAAUGAGUGGAGAUUCACAAUUCUUCAAAUGGCAAAGGAGAAAGACGCGUCGGAAUACGUUCAGAUAACGGACACUGAACAAUCUGAACUAGAUGCAAGAGCUGAAGCAGAAAGAGAGAUUGUAUGCACAGUCUAA